CUCAGGAAAGUGAAACUAGCUCUGUCCCCUCUCUGCUCCCAGCCAUGGCCGCUGAGAGCAGUGUAGAAAACCUCCGGGAUGAAGCGACCUGCUCCGUCUGCCUGGACUUCUUCAGGGAUCCGGUGAUGAUCAUGGGCUGUGGGCACAACUUCUGCCGAGCCUGCAUCACCCAGUAUUGGGAGGGGGCUGAGACAGACGUCACCUGCCCCCAGUGCAGACAGACCUUUCCCCAGAGGACCCUGGGCCCAAAUAGGCAGGUGGGCAAUUUAGUAGAACUAGUGAAGGGCCUGAGCGUGCGGUCGGCCGAGGGAGCCGGAGGGCAGCGAGUGUGUGGGGAGCACGGGGAGACUCUGAAACUCUUCUGCCAAGAUGAUGAAGCCCCCAUCUGUGUGGUGUGUGACCGAUCCUGGGUGCACCGAGCUCACAGCGUGGUUCCCCUAGAGGAGGCUGCCGAGGAGUACAAGGAAAAACUUCAGGCCCAUUUGAAGACUCUGAGGGAAAGGAGAGAAAACCUCCUGGGAUUGAAAUGGACUGGAGAAGGGAAAACCCAGGAGUAUCUGAAACAGGCAGGAGCCGAGAGGCAGAAGAUUGUGUCUGAGUUUCAGCAACUGCACCGGAUACUACUGGAACAAGAGCAACUCCUUCUGGCCCAGCUGGGAGAGCUGGAGAAGGAGGCUGAGAAAAUACAGAAAGAAAAGGUCAUCAAACUCUCUGAGGAGAUUUCCCAUCUCAGCGAGCUGAUCAGCAAGAUGGAGAGCAAGUUUGAGCAGCCAGCAAGUGAGUUCCUGCAGGACAUCAGAAAGACCCUGAGCAGGUGUGAAGAAGGGGAGAUCCCACAGCCGGUGCUAAUUUCUCCUGAGCUGGAAAGGAGACUCCAGGAUUUCUGCCAGACAACCUGUGCACUGACAGAGACUGGGAGGAAGUUUAAAGAAACUCUGCCAUCUGCCCUGGAGAAGAGAAGUGGGGAUGUACCACAGCCAUACACCAAGGUGACGGUGACUCUAGAUCCAGACACGGCUCAUCCCUCUCUUGUCUUCUCUGCGGACGGGAGAAGAGUGCAACGGGCAGAAACACGGCAGCAUCUGCCUGAAAAUCCUAAGAGAUUUGGUUCUGAGCCCUGUGUGCUGGGCUGUGAGGGAUUCAUCUCGGGGAGACACUGCUGGGAGGUGGAGGUGGGGCAGGGGUAUGGCUGGGCCGUGGGGGUGGCCAGAGAAUCUGUGAAGAGGAAGGGACUGAUCAGCCUUAGCCCCGAAGAGGGGAUCUGGGCUGUGCAGCGCUGUGGGGGUCAGUUCCAAGCUCUCACAGCCCCUGCUCCCACCCGCCUGGACCUGCGCCGGGCACCCAGCAGGUUGCGGGUCUGUCUGGAUUGUGCAGGGGGGCAGGUGUCAUUUCUUGAUGCUGACACCGGGGCCCCGAUCUUCACCUUCCCGCCGACCUCAUUUGCUGGGGACACAAUCCGACCCUGGUUCUGGCUCGAGCUGAGAUUUGGCUUCAGUGUCAAGCAAAUGGGUUUUUGUCCAGUCCAGCUGAGGCUGUGCCCCUGAGCCAGGCAUGGGAUGUUGCCCAGCAGUUGAUCACGUGGAUAUCUCCAGCCUUAUUCUAACUGGUCUCUCUUACCGUGGAGGACACCCCUCUGCUCAGCCCUCCCUUCCUUUCUUGGACUCGGGCGAUCUCUCUGUUCUUACAACAAGGCCAGGAUGUGUCCAACAGAUCAGUCCCUGCCACUGCUGAAGGGUCCCAAGGUGUAACAAGACUUUGGCUCUGGGGACAGCCAUUACAUGUUCUGGUGGCCGCAUGGCUUCUAUUCUGCUCCAGUUCUAGGGUACCCUCCCUUUUUCUUUCCUGCCAUGCCUUUGAUAGAAUAAUUGAUAUAGGAAAAGGGAAGGUGCCUGCAGGGUGAGCCCUGCUCUGGUUACCUGCUCGUGGAUUCUUUUUAGACCCCAUUGAUCUUACUCCAUCCUUUAUGGUAAGUGGAAUCCCUGACCUGUACGCACCUCCUAGAACACCAAAUGCUUUACGGGCUGUUCACAGCCUCCAACCUCCCCUGCAGGCUUGCAGGUGCUACCCCUUAUCCAUUAGUGGGGACUCGCCCCCAAUCUCUGCUUUGGUCUGUUUUGGUUUCUUAAGCCUUAUCAUUCUCUGCAACAAUUUGGGGUCAGGCUCUUUGCCUUUAUCAAUCUCUGCCUCUCUUGUGUUCUGGUCUGACCCCCUUAGAUCUGCAAUCUCACCCUCUACGGCUCUGCUCUUGCCCCUUUUAGGCAGUGGGCCCCGGACCAGUCUCUGGCUCACUCUCUCUUUCUCCCCAUCUCUCUGUCUCUCCCAAUGUCUCCAGUUGGGCCUCUGGCCCUGGUUCUCACCCUUUCUGGAUGGCUAAAGCCUUGUGCCUCUGUGGCACCCUGGGAUCUCUUUCUGGUCCACUAGUAAUAACCACCAGAAAAGAAUAAGCCCACUGGCUAUAACAAAAACUAAGCAAGCUGGCAGCAUAACCCAAAUAUGUCUUAUCCUGGGGUUUAGCUCCUUGUAAGCCUUCAGCCACUUACUCACAGUUCCUGUAGCCACAGGGUCUCAGUCAGUACCCCAAGCCACAGCCAUCUUGAUCCAGAGCUCCUUACCUGGCAGCCUUCAGGGCCCGACUGCCUGCUCUUUCUCAAGUCCUGUGUUUUUCUAGCUCCUAGGUACUAACCCUUUUUGUUCAUGUGACUUACCUGGUUGGGUGACUUACCUGCUGGCCUCAGCUGUUCUCCAGUUGGGCUUGCUGGCUUAAUUGCUUGGCAGCUUACUGCCCUGUUGAGCAGCUGCCGCAGCAGUGCCUUGCUUCCCCUGCAGGGUUCUGCUCAGCUGUAGUAUUGCAGAGCACUUAGCUCAGCAGUGGACUGCUUAUGGCUUGCAAACCCCAGGGAGCUGCCCUUUUGAAGCUCCUAAGGAGCAGCCUUCCCCAUCUGAGGCUCUCCAGGCAGUUGCUUCCCUCUCUUAAAGUAAGGGAAGCCCUAUGCUCCCUGUUACAUAGGCCUUUUGUCCUUAUGGUCUGUGGUGCAGGAAGGCUCCAGCAGGGCUGGCAGUGCAGUGUCCCCUAUAAGAAGUUCCCAGCUCUGGAGCAUUGGUCUGUCUGUGACUGGAGCAGCCCAGGGCUGGGGGCUCCCUGCAAAGUGCCUCUGGGCAUCCUCUGGCCAGGGAGGCCCCAGCUGGGGAUGUGUGCGAGGCACGCUGGGUCUGCCACUGGGGAGCUGCUGGGCUGGUUUGAGUUUGGGUGUUUUUCAUGAGGGCCCUGGGCUGGGGGUCCCAAGGAGCUGGAAGGAGCGAGGUCCCUUCUUGUAGGGGCAGAGGCUGAGAGGCUGAGACAGGGAAGGGGAGGGCAGUGUGGGACUGGAGAGUGCAUGGGCAGGGCCAAGAUUCAGGGGCAGGUUCACAGAUGGGAGCAAAAUGGUUGUGGGGUUUGGGAAAUAAGAGCUGUUGCUGCGUCAAGGACAGAAAAUGAAGGAAGUAGGAUUUGGGAGUGAGGGAAGAAGCUGGACGCUCCCAUUAUGUUUGAGCAAUUAAUACAGCCCUGUGCCUUAGGGUCUUAGUUGUAUCUCCCAUCCAAGAGCUCCUGCAACAGGCCCCAAGUCCUCUUCCUAGUCUAUCCAUAUGUAAGAGUUAGCACUAUUCUUGGGUUUUCAUGCCUACAAGCGAUGGCUAGAAAAUGACAUUUAAAGGUUUGCUUUUAGGAAUUGGCUGGCUUGUACGUGAAUAUAUAUAUAUAUAUAUAUAUAUAUAUUAGAAUAAUGGUUCCAGACAGUGUCAAGGGUUAAUUGAUUUCUAAAGGACUGGUUGUCACACAUACAGUUUUCACACCCUUCGAGGCAGACAGGGUGUCUCACUCAGGCAAGCAGCAAUGCCAACAGAUAUACACGUAGCCUGGGAAAUUAUGAGCGUAUACCACACUAUUCCAUAACAUGAGAUAAGUUGGCACCAGCUCCCAAGGCUGAAGAGUUGGGGCCUUGAGUGUUCUAGUUUUGGGGGAACAGACCAAAUUAUGAGAAGGCCCAGAAAGCCCAAAUUAGGAUGUGAUGGGUUUGUAAAACAAAAGAAUUUGCUGACACAAGAGAACAUGGACAGUAUGACGAUCACAGAAGGCCCAAUCGGUGAUGCCCAGGGAUGAAGAAUCAUCAGGAGGGAAAAAGAAUGCAAAAGCAGAGACUUCAGAGCAACAAAGGGUCCCUGUCCCUGAGAGGGGAACCUGAGGCACAUGGGCAUACCACCAGCCUGUCUCAUCCACCCCACUGGGGGGCAGGGGGAGGCCUUGGCCUCUGACCUCCAGACUACUGACAUCUGGCAUUCAAGAGAGAACCUCAGAGUGCAGCUCGCGUCCUUGCCAAACGUAUCUUGACUCUGAUGACAGCCCAGGAUUAGUAGCUAUAGAAUUGCUUGUAUUAUUCUUUGCUAUUAUCGCUGUAUAUAAAAAAAUAGCCUAUUAUCAAAUGGAAAGGACAUGGUCAGUCUGAGCGUUUUGGGUCCCCCCGGAACAAGGCACCUGGGUCCUGAAUCCAGUGCCAACAAGGAGUAGGAGGGAGUUCACCCAUCAAAGGCCUAAGCAGUAAUGCAAGAUACAACUUUAGUGUGGUUUGCAAGGGUGCCUGUCCAAGGUGCUCUGAUGUUUGGGAACAGACAGUGGUGAUGAGGCAGGGACAGUGGAGGUGUCAGCAGAGUGACCAGCAGAAGAAAGACAAAAUAGGUUUAUUUGUGUCUUUUUAAACUUAAAUCCAAUAACUGGAGAGUCCUGCAGGAAGGAGGAGAAGGGAUGCGAGGCCUGAUCUACACCAUGGAGCAGAGGAUUGUGGGGGACACAAAGAGGAAGGACCAAGGCUGGGACAAAACUGAUGGACAAAAUAGCCAAUGAAAGAAUCUGGAGAAAGGAGGAAAAGGGGAGAGGAGGGAAGAGAGUGUGAGAAGGAGAUUCCCAACAUGGUUCCCAGGGUGAGGCUGGUUCCCUAGUGCCAUGUAUUAGCACAUGGAUUUCCCCAUCCCUCCGUUAUGGGGUAACCAAAUCUGCAGUGAGGCCUUUCACAGACAUCUGCCUCCCCCCAAGUUGGGCAACUACUGUUAUGUUUGCUCUUAUAAGCAAAUAAAACCAAGCUACCAUA